UGUGCUGAACUAAAACGGUAACCUAGAGGGAAGGAUGAAACAGUUCUGGUUUCAGCACAAAUAGAGAAAUUAAUAUAAAUGCAUAGCAAAUUAUUUGGAACUCUGACGACAUGAUAGAUUAGAAAGUCCAUUUUGUGCUGCAGACAAAGACACAAACACCGAGCAACAAACACAUGGACACAAAAUAUAUGCGGCUGGAAACAAAGGCAAACCUCAGCUGCUCUGCAGACUGCUGUGAGCUGCAGGUUCUCAGAGAGGGCAGCAUGUUUGUGAGAGAGGGGGAACCGAAUACACGGAUGGCUAUUACAGUCAGUUGCCUUCCAGCUGAAUCCCAAUAAGUGCUGCGCCAUAGCAUGUUGCUAUGACAACACAGGCCUGUCUGAGACUGAAGGCAGCAGGCAGCUGUGUUUUCAUCCGGCAGAGAGGCUUUAGAGCAUGGCGGCCAUAUUGUAUUUGUUGCAUGAUCAUAAAAAUGGAAACAAAUGACGAUAAUGAAAAAAAAAAAGUAAUUGCAGUUCUAACUAACUACGCUCACUAAGAGAAAAUAUUUAUUAACAGUACAUUUAUUAACACAGAGACACUUGGGUAGCCAAGACAAAAAUCAGAACGUAACGGAAAACAAUAUAAAAUGUAAAAACUUAAUCAAUUGAGCGAAAGAAAACAACAAUUACUCACAACAGAAUAUGAUGUUAAUCGCGGGAAACUAAAACCUUCUCUUUUUGUCUUCCCCCAUCAAGAGUUAACAAUUUUGAAUAUGAUAAUCUAAAUAUAGCAGCGCUGUUUCCAAAGAAGCACAUGUCUCAAAAACACCUUCUACAGUCAUUGUACCACUCUUGUUAUUUUUUUUAACUGCAGCUGUAAAGAUGAGAAAUGGCAACAUUAUGAAUCCCUGGUGAAGGUUCACCCUUUAGCCGCGAUGCAGGUGAGAUGAAUCAUCCCUAGCAUGAGUCAAUUUUAGCCGACAGUCAGCACCCCGUGUAAAACACAAAUGACUCAGUGCAAACUGAUAACUGAUUCUGAUAUAUAACAGUGGGUUAGUGUUAGGACGCCUCAGUGGUGAUACAUGAUCUUUCAAAUUAAUACACUUUCUCUCAGAGCUGUUGAUUGUGGAUCACGAAUAACAACUUAUCUAACAAUUUGUCUGUACAUGAAAUAUAUGUAAAUCCCUGACUUAGACGAAAUGUGUUCGAAAUAGUCGGUGACAGACUGAGAUGUGUGUUUUUAAGCUUAAUUACACUAUAGCAAGCAAGUCAGAGAACAUUAGAAGAUUUCUGCUUUCCAUUGCUGUGAUUAUGUGUUACAUCACAUCCUAUCUGCAGUUGUUUCUCUGAUUUCCUUCAUCUCGCAUUGAUAAAACUGAUUGCUAGGAUUAAUGUUUGACAAUCGCUUUUUUUUCUUCACAAAAUAAAGGAUUCCUCCACUGCCAAAUGACAGACAGCUGAAGACGGGAGCAUAUGCCCGUGGUGUUUCCAGAUCCUGAUGGAUAGCAAUCACCCUUACACUGUGCUGAACAAGCUCAAUGAGCAGCGCUCACAGGGCCUCUUCUGCGAUGUUACUAUAGUGGUGGAGGAUGUAAAGUUUCGGGCCCACAAGAACAUCCUAGCAGCUUGCAGCGGGUAUUUCAGGAAUGCUCUGAAAACCUCUGACCCAUGGAGCUCUAGUCAAGUGCUGGAGCUUAUGGACCUAAAGUCUGAGGUGUUUUCCAGAAUCCUCAACUUUAUAUACUGUUCAAAGGUGAUAUCUGCUGGUGCAGAGGACACACGGGGGCUUGCAGCAGCCGGCAGAAGACUUGGAAUUCCUUUUUUAGAGAGGCUUACAGAGGAAGACAAGCAAGACACAUGUGCUAAAUCCACAGACUCAUGCACAGCCUCGGUGUCUGAAAAAACAAAAAGGGAAGCUUCCAAACCUGAGGAGACAGACAAUGCCAGAGGGCCUCGCAUUACCAAUGCCUUCUCUAUCACUGAAGUGUGUCCUGGGAACGAUCCUUUCAUCCCUCUGGCUCAAACAAAUGGGGGGAGGCAGUCGCCAGAUGUGGGCCAGCUCCCAUCAAGUGGUCCUAAUACAUCCUGCCUCAACGGGAACAAUGAGACAACCCACGCUCUUUCAGAACACUCAUAUGCAGUAAGCAAAUCCACUGAAGUCGCAGAAAGCAGUCAGUUGGAUAACAAAAAGGUCUGUAAGCCAUCUGUAACUCAGUCAAAGCAACUCAUUUACAGGAAUGCAGGGCCGCUUAAAAAGCGCCACAAACUGAGAGGGAUUUUGGGACGAAAUAUACUUCCAAUACAAGCAGGAUCACAAAUCAAUAAACCAAACGCAAUAACCCCUGCAUUAACUGAUGACGUUAGCUCAGUAACUGCCUCUUCCAUGACCCCACCUCCACUUUAUUCUGAGGCAGAAACAGAAAAGAGCAUGGACCAAGGACUACCAGACUGUCCUCAACAGGAGUUAGGCCCACCCCCCCUUUCCCCUCAUGUGGAGGACAGCAUUUCAAUCUACAGCUGCGAGCACUGUCCAGAGAUAUUUUCCAAUAAAGCUCUUCUCAACAUUCACUCAGAGGUACAUAAAAAGCGUUUUGUUAGUCAUCUGUUUUGCAAGUUUUGCCACAGGAAGUUCAUACACCUCAAACGGCUACGUAACCAUGAGCAGGCUUGCCCAAAGGCUUUAAGGAGCCUUGGUAAGCUAGAUCCUACAGAUCCAUCCACCAAAGACCUGGGCCAACAUCCAGACGAAAGGGCUGACAUAGAGGGCAUGAUGAUACAGGUUCCCUCUGAUGGCCUCUCCAGCUCUCCUACGACAGAUUUAGUUCAAGAAGACCAAUCAGAGUCUUCAUGCGAUGAGAAGCCAGUGAGGCCUGGUGGAGGUCAGAGAAGAUACAACUGUAGUAUGUGUAAACGGGUCUAUGUUACCUUAUCCAGCCUGAAGCGUCAUGAAAAUGUGCAUUCCUGGCAGAGGGCCUAUCCCUGUCAUUAUUGUAAUAAAGUGUUUGCUUUGGCAGAGUACCGUACUAAGCAUGAAAUCUGGCACACAGGUGAACGGCGCUAUCAGUGCAUUUUCUGCCUGGAGACAUUUAUGACAUAUUAUAUCUUGAAGAACCAUCAGAAGUCCUUUCACGGCAUUGAUCCGAGUCUAGCUGUUAAUAAGAAAUCAGCCAACGGCGGACUGAAAGCCAGUGUUUAUCCAAUCAAGCUCUACAGGCUUCUGCCAAUGAAGUUUAGAAAAAGACAAUAUAAGUCGUACAGUCAGACAUACGCAGACAGUGUUCAAAGAAGUGAUCCAUCCUCACUCGACAGCAACUCUCUUAUUCCCCCAUUUGAAGAUAACUGCCUGAUUGGGAACUCUGACUCAUCUUCACUCCCUCUGACAUUCAUGGCAACAACAAAGAUGGUCUCUCCUGUCAUGCCUCAUAUCGCCUUUGACAGGUCAUGUGGGCAAUAUAUGGACCAAAGUCUGAACAAUGAAUCAGAAAUUCGGGGAAGCACAAGAAAAGAAACUGAGAAUAGAGAUCCACCUUUCAAUACCAGUGACGGCCUCUUCUCUGUGGAGCCGCACUCUGGGUCUCUUGCAGGUAAAGAUAAUCCACAAGUACUUAACCCAGAGCACAUCAAUAACAAUUUACCAUUCUUAAACUCUUUGAGCACUGUUAAAAAGUUGGGUGAACUGUCAGCAUCAGCCAAAAGAGUUGAAGAUAUGACCAAGGACAUUCUUCAGUCAAAUACAGAGAAUCUGAUGUGCAAUAAAGCAAUAGGGGCAAAAACAGAGACAUAUAUUGCCAAACCUGCAUGCCGGGGUCCAUCUGUGGACAAUGAUGCCAUGCCACUAUGUCAGAUAACAGUAAAAAUAGGCAAUGAAGCCAUCAUCCGCCGCCAAAUCAAAGGAUCUAAACUCUUCCGAAGGAAGAAAAGGAGAAACAGGGAACUGAGUGAGGAUCAGAGUUCAAGUCGGUGUCCCUCAACAAGGGAAAACUCAGAGAGUCCCAGGCUCCGUCUUAGACCAGAAGUCGCUGGUACACCAGAGCCCGAGGUGCACGAGGACACCAAUGAUUGUGACACAGCUGAUCAGCUUUGGCGUCCCUACUAUUCUUACAAAGCUAAAAGGAAAAUGAAGAAGCUGAGAUACAAGCACAGAAACGCUUUGUUUCACCAGUAUCCUGACUCAUCUGUGGACAGAACUGUUACCAGUGAAGUUAGCCUUGAUAGAACCAGUUCUCUAUCAGGAGAGAGCAACUCAGGAGGUAGUAAAGUGCUCAAACUGAGCCUCAGCAGGAACUCCAGUUCAAGAGCCAUCUACAACUGCGACAUCUGUGACAGCUCUUUCAUUACAGAGACUGGUCUGAAAGCUCACAUUAUUGGUUCUCACCCAUAUUUCUGUCGGACCUGUGGUAAACAAGGUCCCCCUGGUGAGGCACCCACAGGGGGUGAUUACAUCUGCACCAGUUGCAUGGAAAACGGCUCCUGCUUUGAUGAUACACCUCGGAGCCCCAAUCCAGAGAAGCGAUAUCGCUGCUCUUUCUGUCCCCAGCGUUUUCUCUACCUUGCUACCAAGAAAAGCCACGAGAAAAAGCACCAGGAGACAAAUGAGAAGAGUUAUAAUUAUGACGCCAGCACGCCAUGUUGUAAAUACUCCACACAGCUAAGUGAAGAUGAUAAACAAGAAAAUAUCAAAACAGAGGACAACAGUCAAGAGGGCACUGGUAUAAAAAGUGAAAGCAUGGAAGGAGAAGAUCUUCCCACUGAUAAGAGCGGACCUAAAGGUGAAGAUACAACUGAGGUAGUGUCUACCUACCAAGAUGUGUCAUAUUCCACUAUUAAGGGUCCAUUAUCACCCUACACUGACUCACUGUUUCCCCUGACAUCCUCAAAGUUGAAACAAAAAGUAGCUAAAAAGAGGAUCAGUGUGCAGGAGCCUAUGCAUUUCAUGUCGAAAAAGCAAACCUGUGACAGAGAUAGUAACAAGAAUAUUAUGAUGGGACCAAGAAUAAGCAGUCAGGGUGACGAUGAAAAGUGUGGUAAAGUAUAUAGAAGAAGUAAUUCUGGACCCAAUGGGGCUCACGUUUCUGUAUACAAGUUAGAGAAAUGGGUGUGCAAAGAGGAGCCCCUUUUUUAGAAGUUUUUCAGGACUGCAGCCAACUGUAGGAAAACCUGGAAGUGGUUGACGUCUGAACCCAAGCCACUGCUUUGGUUAAGAGAUGAAAUAUCUGUAGUGUUAUCUUCACAGACAAGUUAAAAUAAGUGUUUUGAAAGAACACCACUUUGAAGAUUUAACAUCAGUGUCGACUGAAAUUUCUUCCCUCCUAAAGCCAGCAACUCAGUGAUUAGUUUAUUGUUUUGUUUUUCACAUUUCGAUGACGAUAUUUUUUGGUUAUUAAUGGGACCUUCUGACACAAUCUGUACCGUCUUUUUUCUAUGCAUGUAAGGCAGAACCAGUGGCACAUGGUUUCUUCUAACGCUGUGCAAUAUCAGAUCAGCAUUUGCAAUCUGUUGGAUAACAGAAAAACUGCAGAGUGUGAUUAUAUCUUCACUUUUUUAAACUAAAUGUGAACAAAAUAUUGUCCGUCACAUUUUUGAGUUUUCUGUUCACUGAACUGCGCUUGGUGAGUAGCACUUUAUAGGUAUACUAUUCUGAUUUGUUCUUUAAUACUUUGAUAAUUGAAUUUAAUUAUAAGCACCAUUGAUAUAUUUUGAUUUCUAAGUAUUACACAGAACCACUGAGGGAAAAAAAAAUGUUUUUUUCUGUGUUUACUAUGUGUAAAAAAAAUGUAAAACUAUUUAAAUAUAUAUUGUUGAUAUUACAUCUGAUUAAA